CUCGGCCGUUCCCGAAUGAAUUCGGACAUGCAACUGCGUCUGUCUACUGCAACGGCGUUACACUGGGCGGCGAAACACGGCAACAUGGACCUGGUGAAAAUGCUGGCCGGCACGUAUAGCGUCAACGUCAACGCUAAAACGGGUUACACGCCAUGUCACUUGGCAUUACAGUUCGGACACGAAGAGAUUUACAAGAUACUGGUCGAAUCGUACGGAGCCGACCCGAACGUACGGGACUACAGCGGACGCAAGCCCAGGCAGUACCAGACGAACCAGGACACGAGCCUGUCGGCGGACACGUAUCGCAAACUAAACGCCCGAAAACACAAACACAUGGAAAAGGAUCUAAGAUUCCUGCGGAUCGGGUCCCUGAACGUGCGCGUUAAACGGACCACAGAAGCGUUCAGCAACUUCCUGGGCGUCGGACACAACGCAGAGAAGAUUCACAAGACUUGGGGUUCUGCCGACAACAUACAACAGAACGACGCCAAGAGAAUGCCCCCUCCGAAAAGCGUUACGAUUAAGAAAAGGAAGUCCAAACGGCCGCAAGACUUUUUGAGGAGGGCCUCGGCCCCGGCCGACCGAUCGCCAGACAAGAGGAAAUCCGCGGAAAUCGUCGUCACUGGCGACUCGGACUCGGACACGGCUUGCGGAUUCGGCACGAAUUGGCAACCGUCGUGACCGACAUGUCGUGUAGGACAUCACUGGUGUACCCACAUGUCGGUCGUGGCUUUGCUGUUGAAAUUCAAGACGCUUUUCUGCAAUCAUUCUCUGCAGCUGAUCAUCGUUCUCAUCGAGUGAUGAUCGCACUAACAGCAUCGCCAAUAACGGCAUACUCUCUCGUCGUCUCGUCCGCAGCAUAAUAUUAUCACGAUCAAUACUGCACCCCAAGUAUUAUUAGCAAUAAGUAACGAUCAUCUGUGUACUAUAGAUAUUAUUUUUAUUAUUAUUAUUAUUAUCAUAAUAUUAUUUAGUCUGUUGAUUUUUAUGUCGUCGGUCAGAGGACGUUUUUUUUUUAAGUUUAAUCUUUUUUUUUUUGUGCGCCAACACUUUUAAUAUUUUGUUUUUUUUGUUUUACUGUGUAUACAACUAACGUUUAAAACCCGUUGGUACAAAUUUAUGUGACUUAAUCGGCCGAAUCGAAUAUAGUAUUGUAUUCAGUUCAGUGUACACUUUUACCAAAUGUUUUUUGAGCAUUGAGCUACUUACUUUACCGAUAUCAUUGACGUGAUCAUAAAUGUGUUUAAUUUUGCAUAGGUACCGUUUAUAAUAUUGAUAUUUGAUUGUACUUAUAAAUUAUUAUAAUAUUACGUUUUUAUUAUUUAUUUAAUUAUGUUAUUUAUAACUAUGAAUGUGUUAGUAUUAGACAGUUAUUAUUGUUUAGGCGGACUUUGAUAGAUUGUAGUCCGUGUUGUAAAUUGUAUUGACGAUCAGCUUUUUUAAGAUUAAUGAUUAUAUAGUAGGUAAUAAUAGUUACGUUAUCGGGUUAUAAAUAAUGCUCACUGUUAUUAUAAUUUUAUCUAGGUAUUUUAUUAUUUGAUUAUGUUGUAUUUGUCGUUAAGUUCUUUAAAUGUGUACUAGUGUUAACUUACUCUACGGUAUAACAUUUUCAUUAGGUGCCUAAUUAUUCAAAUACAGUCUUCAAUGAUUUUUGAUCAA